CAUUACGUGCCCUUCUGGUGGGGGUGAGUGAGCCUUUGGAUUCUUUUUCUUAACGGUAAGCAAAACAAAACAAACAAAGCAAAGUAACCCUCCAAUCCAAACAACAACACAACACACCAAUUGCUUAACGUUACCCAACCAUUCUGACUACGACCCUUCGCCUUCCCUCAUUAGUACACCUACUACUAUUUCAGGACAUUAAUUCCUCACUCACUACACUAACUUCAAAUUUCAAAAAAAUAAUCCAACAAUACCGAAAAUGCCCAUUUCAACCAAGCUUCAGGUUCGUUCUAAACCGCGAGCUAUUCUGAAACCAGGCGGAAACAUAGUUCCGGUUCAUGAAGAAACAACGAAACAUAACAAGAAGAAAACACAGGGUCCCAGAAAACAAGUUACGGAAAUUUCUGACUCCGUUGUUGUCGGAAGUAACGUGUGUUUGGAUUUAGACACCACGUGUUCCUCGGAUUCGUCUUCUGUCAAAAAGGUCAACUCUGCGAAUGGAAAUGGAAGUUCAAAGAUGAAGCGCAACGGGUUUAAGCCGCCGGUGAGGGUUGUGAUCGAUGCUGCCCACGUGUCUCCGCCUUAUAAGGGCUCACCACCGUCCAAGACAUGCGAUUGGAUCACACCAAAUUCAGACCCUGUUUACACUGCUUUCCAUGACCAAGAAUGGGGUGUUCCAGUUGUUGAUGAUGAUACAAAGCUUUUUGAGCUUCUAGUAUUUUCACAAGCAUUAGCAGAACACACUUGGCCAACCAUUCUUAACCACAGAGACAUAUUCAGGCAAUUUUUCGAAAACUUUGAUCCAUCCUCAAUCGCAAAGUUUAAUGAGAAGAAGUUAGUAACACCAAAAGUAAAUGGCAACCCUUUGUUAUCAGAACAAAAGCUUCGCGCCAUUGUGGAAAACGCUAAACAAUUACUUAAGCUUCAGCAUGAGUUUGGUUCAUUCAGCAAUUACUGUUGGAAAUUCGUUAACAACAAACCGAUAAAAAAUGAAUUUCGAUACGGACGACAGAUACCUGUGAAAACUCCGAAAGCCGAACUCAUUAGCAAGGAUUUGAUGAGAAGAGGCUUCCAAUGUGUUGGACCAAAAGUAGUUUAUUCAUUCAUGCAAGUAUCAGGGCUAGUUAAUAACCAUUUAUUAACAUGCUUCAGGUGCCAACAAUGCAACGUGGGAAUGAAAAAUGAAAUUAAAACUGAAUAGGUUAAGGAGAAAAAGACAUAGUAAAAUGUAAGGUUGGUUGUAUUUGUUGAUUCUUUCUUAACAUGUUUGUAGUUUUAUGUAACCAGAAAAUGAUAGGUCUUAUCUUGUGUUUUUUUAUGUCCCCACGUGAAAUUGUAUGUUUGUUUUGGGAUAGGUUGUUGUUAUGUUCUGUGUUUCUCUGUUCUGUAAUAAAUUUAUAACACAAUUGAUAAUGUUUCUAUGUCCCACUUUUUAUUUA